GCCGGGAGGCGGCUCCCGUGCCUCUCGGCGGCGGUUUCAAGCGGCGGCGGUGGUGGCGGUGAGGCAGGGCUAAGAUGGCGGCGCGCGGGGCAGGAUGAGCGGCGGCCGGCAGCGCACUUUGCCGCAGGUGUGGCGGGCGCCCGCGGGCAGAGCCGAGCGGAGGGACGCGGGCGGGGACAGCGAUGACGAGCUGCUGCUGGCAGCCGCGGCCGCGGCCGACCCCGGCCCGCCGCAGGGCUUCAGCGAGGCGGCGGGCUCCAUCUGGAUCUACCCCACCAACCUGCCCGUGCGCCCGUACCAGGAGCGCAUGGCCGGCGCCGCGCUGCUGGCCAACACCCUCGUGUGCCUGCCCACCGGGCUGGGCAAGACUUUCGUGGCCGCCGUGGUCAUGUACAACUUCUACCGCUGGUUCCCCUCGGGCAAGGUGCUGUUCCUCGCCCCCACCAAGCCGCUGGUGGCUCAGCAGAUGGAGGCGUGCGGCCGCGUCAUGGGCAUCCCGUCCCGGGACAUGGCGGAGAUGACAGAGCGCUCUGUGGUGCUUAAGGCUGUGCAACAAGUUAUCUCCAACUUGCUGAUCGCUCAGAUAGAGGUGUGUGCUGAGGAUUCUCCAGAAAUUCAGCCUUAUUCUCACGAGAGACAAGUGGAAAAAAUUGUAGUUCCGCUUGGGGAAGAACUGGUAGAAAUUCAGAACACUUACAUCAAGGUGCUGGAAGCAUUUGCUGGGCGCCUGAUUAAGGUGGGAGUUUUAUCCAGGAGGGAUAUUCCCAGCCUGACCAAAUACCAGAUCAUCCUGGCAAGGGACCAGUACAGGAAGAACCCCUCUGCACAAUAUGCAGGAAUCCAUCAAGGCGUCAUUGAAGGAGACUUUGCCCUUUGUAUCAGUCUGUACCACGGGUACGAGCUGCUGCUGCAGAUGGGAAUCCGCUCCUUAUUCAUCUACCUGUGGGGAAUCAUGGAUGGAUCCAAAGGGUUGUCCCGCACCAAGAGCGAGCUGGGGCGCAACGAGGACUUCAUGGAGCUCUACCAGCAGCUUCAGGACAUGUUCUCAGACACUGCUGUGGCUCCUGAGAAUGGAAGUGUUGGAAAGAGCACAACAGCAUUAGAAAAGAAAAAGGAAUUUGUCUAUAGCCAUCCAAAAUUAAAGAAAUUGGAGGAGAUUGUAAUAGAACACUUCAGAUCCUGGAAACAGGGAGGUUCUGCAGAUGAAGACAAGAGCGAGGGCUCCCCUGGGGACACGAGGGUGAUGAUCUUCUCCUCGUUCCGGGACAGCGUGCAGGAGAUCGCCGAGAUGCUGGCGCGGCUCAGCCCGGCCGUGCGGGCCAUGACCUUCGUGGGACACUCCUCGGGCAAGAGCACCAAGGGCUUCACCCAGAAGGAGCAGCUGGAGGUGGUGAGGCGUUUCCGGGAGGGCGGGUACAACACCCUGGUGUCCACCUGCGUGGGCGAGGAGGGGCUGGACAUCGGCGAGGUGGAUCUGAUCGUGUGCUUCGACGCGCAGCGCAGCCCCGUGCGCCUGGUGCAGCGCAUGGGCCGCACCGGCCGCCGGCGCCACGGCCGCAUCGUCGUCAUCCUGGCCCAGGGCCGCGAGGAGAGGACCUACAACCAAAGCCAGUGUAACAAAAGGAGCAUCCACAAAGCCAUUUCAGGGAACAAAACCCUUCAUUUCUACCAGCACAGCCCACGGAUGGUUCCGGAAGGCAUCAAUCCCAAAGUGCACAAAAUGUUUAUCACUGCUGAAAAACAGGAGCAGAGCUCCUCGAGGCCGCUUUCCAAAGAGAGGAGAUGCAGUUCCCUGCAGCACAAAUCUGCUCUCUCUGCCUGUGUCACUGGCCAAAAGCAAAUGAACUCCCAUGGGAGCUGGUGCUUGUCACCUGAGGAGUUUGAAAUAUGGGACAGGCUCUACAGGAUUAAGGAAAGUGAUGGGAUAAAAGAACCAGUAUUGCCUCGAGUUCAGUUUGAAACCUUGGAAAACCUGGAGGAAACACCAUUUCCCCUGCAGAAGCCCGAGGAGGGGGCAGCUCAGGAGCUCUCCCUGUCUGAGUGGAGCAUUUGGCAGAAUCAGCCUCUGCCCACAUUCCUGGUGGAUCACUCGGAUCGUUGUCACCUCUUCAUCAGGGCCAUGGAAAUGAUGGAGCUGAUGAGGAACCAGCAGGGAGACUGCAGCUAUGAACUGGAGCUCCAGCCUCACCUGCGCAUGGAAGAUGUGAACAUUCCAGGGAGCAAAAGGAAUCCCUCCAUGGCCAACCCGCCCUGGCAUCAGAGAGGUCGCUGCUCCAGGAGAGACCUGCCAAAAUCCAAACCAAAACCGUUCCCACCUGAUGCAGGUGGGAACGAGAGUGAGCUCUUUACCACCUUUAAAAGAAGCAAAGCCAAGGCUCCCAGAAGAGCUCCUGCACUCAGGGAAGUGCCUGAGUUGCCUCAGGACCCUCCUGCCCCUCCCUCAGGAACGAGGCUUGCUGUGCCUGGACACUCUCACAAGGACGAGGGGCUGGAGGUGACAUUUGACUUAAAUGCAUUUAUUGACCUGUGUGACAGCAGUGACAGCUCUGAAGCCCCUGCCAGUCCAGCAGCACAGAACAGCCCUGCAGGUAAAGCCUGUGGGGCCCUGGGGAGGAUCCACAGGGACUCGGGGUACGAGACCUCCCCCAUGGCCUCGGACCUGUUUUAUCUCCCCGAAUCCUGCAGGGAUUCCUUCACACUCCAGGGGCCACCUCAGGAGCCCCCGGGGCUGGAACAAACAUUUUCCCAAGUGCAAAGGCUUUUGUCACAGUCCCCUCCCUCUGGGGAUGGACUGGAGCGUUUGGAGAGCCUGAUGAGAGAUGAAGGAACACCAUCUCCUUCCCCAGAAGUUCUCCCUGAUGGUCGCUCAGAGGCACUGCAGGACAGCGUCUCCCCUGCAUCCCCAAAAACUGAUCCUUCACUGCUGCUCCUGGACAAUCCCAAAGUGGCAGUUCCCAGGGAAUUCUGUGCCUCAGGAAGUCCCCGUUUAUCCAAAACUCUGUCAUCUGCCAAGGCUGCUGCUGUUGAAGAGGAGCAGCUCUGGAAUGACAGCUUUGAUGGCCUGUUUGACAGUGAGGAGUUCCCUGAAUUCCCAAACAAUGCUCCCAGCAGGGACCACCCCCUGACAAAGGAGCCUUUCCUUCCCAAGGACGCGGCAGAGGCUGCCCUUGAAGUUCCUGGUGGGGAGCAGAGUCUCCAUUUGUUUGAGGAUGAGGCUGCUGAGGACUCAGGUGAGGGCAGCCCCAUGAGCACUGAGCCUCCAGGCAGGGCAGGUCCAGCUGGGACCAUCCCUGGGCCAGAGGGAGAGCCAGGCAGGGAAUUUCUGUGUGUGAGCCCCACCCAGGCCUGCAGGGAAUCCCUGGGAACACCAGCAGUGGCCCUGGAGAAGGAUGAUCCCUACGACUGCUCCCAGGACCUGUUCUCCGUGACCUUCGACCUGGGCUUCUCCAUCGAGGACAGCGGGGAUGAGAGCUCUGGGGAGAGCAGGAAUGCUGGGGACCCCAGAGUGAACGGGUCCCUGGGGAGUGCAGAGAUAGCCCUGAGUGAUGGCUCCAGGCUGGAAACCUCGCCAGGGUGGGACUGCAGAAGGCUGGAGAGGAGGGACAUGUCCACACCGCUGUCACGGCAGAGCAGGGGCAGGAAUGGCAGGGCAGGGACCAAGGGUGCUCCUGCUGUCCUCGGGUCAGGAGGCAGCAGGAGGGGAAGGGAACCCCCUGAACCUUCGCCCUCAGCACUUCUGACCCCGACAAGCAGGAAGGGUGUGAAUAUCAAAGCUGUCAAAAGAAUUUCUAUGAAAGUCUUCUCGAAUGCCAGGGAGCAAAUUCCAGAGGUGCCUCCUGUAGAUCAAGUCAAAGAAAGCCCAUGGAGGCAGAAGUUUGGGAGAUCAGCCAUGGAUUCACCUUCAGGAAGGACAGAGAGCCUGGAAAACACCAAACUCCGUGGAUCCCAUGCUGCAGGACCCAGCAGUGACAGCGAGGAAGAGAUCGUUUUCCAGAGAAAAAACAGGAUGAAAAAGAACGUUUUGAAAUCUCCUGAUGGGAUGGACGAGAGCGACCUGGAGUCUCCAGCUCGGGUCACCAGGAAACGCCGGCGCCCUCCCAACGUGUCAGACACAUCCAGUGAGGACAGUGGGGAUUUCCAGCCAGGAGGAGCCAAACGUGCCAGGAGCUGUGUGACAGCCAAGGCUGCAGGCAGGCAGUUCCUGGACGAGGAGGCCGAGCUGUCCCAGCUGGAUGCUGAGGGGAUCUCGUCGGACGAGAGCGACGGCUCCGGGGAGGAGCUGAGCCCCUCCCUGGCCCAGUUCCUGAAUGAUGAAGGGGAGCCCCCACAGGCCCUCAACGACAGUGAGAUGAGGGGAGUUUACCUGAGCUCCGUGCGCAGCCCCGCCCUCGGCAGCCGCUACAAGAUGGUCCAUCGGGAAUUCAACGCCUCGGCCAUCUUCUCCCAGAUCCCCGAGCAAGACGUGGCUUAUGCCGAGGACAGUUUCUGCGUGGGGGAUGAGGAGGAGGAGGCUCCCGGCGGCUGCAGUGAGGAGGAGGUGUGUGUGGAUUUGGAGCUGCUCACCGCGGAGGGCUGCAGCAGCAGCAGCAGCAAGCAGUACCUGACCCGCCGCAGGAAGAGGCUGGGCCAGGCCCGGCUGGCAGGGAGCGCUCCUGCCCCGGGGCAGAGGAAGAAACCUUCCCGAAUCAUUGUCCUGAGUGACUCCAGCGAGGAGGAGACGGGAGCCAGCAGGGAGAAGCCCCUGGAAGCAGGGCAGGGCAAGGGGCAGCUCCCCAGGGCCCUGCCCUCAGCCCCCUCUGCACAGCACGGGAGCGGGGCUGGGGAAGGCACAGCUCCUCAGCCUGGGGGGCAGGACACAGACAGGCUGCUGGGCCUGGAAGCUUCGGCCUCUGGGAUGCUGGAUCCCCCCCCAGAGCAGGCAGGCAGGAGCUCAUCCAUCCCCCCAGCUGGCUCUGGCUGCAGGAGCACAGAUCUGCAGGCUGCUGCUGAGGUGUACAGCUCUUUGAAGAAGACCCACGGGAGCAGCUCAGGCUCGGCGUGUCCUGCUGUCCCAAACUCUUCCUCAGCCACGGCUCGGAUUUCCAGUGUUCCCGGGGAGCACAGCCCCUCCCCGGCUGGGAUCUGCCGUGUUCCCGGGGAGCACAGCCCCUCCCCGGCUGGGAUCUGCCGUGUUCCCGGGGAGCACAGCCCCUCCCCGGCUGGGAUCUGCCGUGUUCCCCCUGAGCACAGCCCUUCCCCGGCUGGGAUCUGCCGUGUUCCCGGGGAGCACAGCCCUUCCCCGGCUGGGAUCUGCCGUGUUCCCGGGGAGCACAGCCCCUCGCUGUGCAUCCUGGCGGACAGCCGGGAGGUCUGCUCGGGGCCGGAGGUGCUCUCGUGCCUGCGGGCCGUGCACGGGCUCCGGGUGCAGGUCUGCUCCCUGGGCACCAGCGACUACAUCGUCAGCAACCGCCUGGCCGUGGACAGGGUGCUGCAGUCGGAGCUGCAGAGCCCUGGGAACAGGAAUAAACUCAGCCAGAGGCUGCAGCGCCUGCAGGGCAUCUUCGAGAGGAUCUGUGUGAUUGUGGAGACAGACAGGGUCAGGCCAGGAGAAACAUCCCGGUGUUUCCAGAGGACCCAGUACUACGAUGGAGUGCUGUCAGCCUUGGUGCAGGCUGGAAUAAAGAUCCUCUUCAGCUCCUGCCAGGAGGAAACUGCAGCUUUGCUGAAGGAGCUGGCUCUGCUGGAGCACAGGAAGGACGCUGCCAUCCAGGUGCCAACGGAGCCGGAGGGGCACCGGCGGGACAUCCUCAACUUCUUCCUGAGCAUUCCCAACCUCAGCUACGGAGCUGCCCUCAACCUCUGCCACUCCUUCGGCUCCAUCACAGCCGUGGCCAACAGCUCGGUCCCGGCGCUGGCGGCGGGGGCGCGGCUGAGCCGGCCCCAGGCCGAGGAGCUCCAUCGGUUCCUGCGCCACGACUUCGACCUGCAGCUGCUGCCUCAGCCCCUGCCCGCCAAGGGGAAGAGCUGAGCUCGGCACUCCGGGCCCUGCACUGCACUUUACCCACUCGGGAUUGGAUGUAAAUGAUGUAAAUAAACGCUUGUCAAACCUCA